UAGGUGGAUCUGAUUUGGAAUUAUUUUGGGCAAAAAGUGACAAGGUGGAUGGUGAAUGGAAGGAACCGAAGGCUUCAUACCCGGUUGAAGUAGACGUGUCGGUACUAGAUAACGACCUCAACCUACAAGCUCGAGGCUUCAUCAAAAAAGAAUUUCGAGCGGAAGUAAAAUUGGGAGUCAAAAGUCGGUGGCGAUGAACGACGCGCCAGCCCAUUUGAUACCAAAUAAGUACUCUUUCGACGUUGUCAGUCCAAAUGUUGAUAUUUUUAUUCAGUCAUCAUUAAUUAAUCGGGUCUGGAGGCUAUCGGUUUUGCUCAAGUACAUAUGGGAACCGACGAGUAAAGUUAUGCGUGAUGUCGUCGUUCUCUGAAUUGUCCAGCUCGUGUGCAGCAUACCAUCGCUGUGAGCUCAUUGAGAGCCAACCAGCGGUUGUCGGAGACGAGGAAGUCGUGGAGCGCCGAGAAGUCGCUGUGGGUUUGCGCACGCCGUACUUCCUCGCUGUCCUUCUACUGACGCUUGUUACUUGCUCCACCUGGAACCAUUAGUGCUUGCAGUUGUCAACUUAGAUCGGUGCUGUCAAGAAUAUGCGCUGAUGGCUUUUCAGAGGGAUGCUUCGGUCCAUCGCGCCCUCAAGACGCGUAGAUAGCCUCCACGCGUCUUGACGCGCGGUCGAUUGAUGUCCACAUAACAUGCUACUAAUGUAGGUGGGGAAGGGCGCUUUCUUUCGUGCGUGACAGCGAUUGCGAGUUUCUAUACGAGAUUAAGCUCAUAGCGUAUUUAUUUGGUGAUAUACAUGAGUCAUCAACGUCUUGUUCUGCAAUGAUUGCAGCACUUUUCGACACCAACAUCGUGACCCUCGCGUAACGUGGCUUGCAGCUAGCGAUGAGCGCGUCCAGCGAGUGUGAAAGAAUACUCAAUCUCUACAUUGCAUUGAAUUUGCAGCUUGUGCUGCUGAUGGUAGAAUUUCGACACAUUAAGAUCCACUCAGACUCUGAUUGAUAUUGGCGAAUACCUCAAGAACAUGUUUAAGAUUAUUCGAAAGAAUGUGUCUGCUCUCAAAUUUACGCACAAUGCCACUUGCAUGCUCCGUUUACCUUACUUUCAAGAACCAGUUUGAAAGGUAUGUGCAGUCUGCGCGUGCAGUUUGAGCAUUAAGCAAUAUAUUUGACGCACAUUGCUAAAUGAGUUCUGCAUAUAUAUUCAUCUGUUUGUAGCGCUUUUCAUCCAGAGUGACUUUUAAUUGAUUUCGAUUUACUUUGGUCGUCGCGGUGAUUGUUUAAUGUUUCUAAUUUAUUCCUCCGGAAUACUCGUGACAUCAUAUUUACUCAGUUUUAGUUGUUGCGAGACUCGAGUAAUACCCUACUGUGAUAUUCUUCGAUAUGGUUUGAUAGCGGUCGUUUUACCAGUUGUACAUCUCGAGAUUUCAGCCAACGCAUCACUGUUAGUAUAUUCAUCCCUUUCAAUUCUAUAAGUCGAAAAAUCGAAUUUAAUGUAAAAUGCAU